GAUAGCGAACUGGACAGCCGCCAGUCUUGCGAGAGCCGCGCGCGAGAGCGGACGUCGCUCGUUUCACGCCGAUGCGGUGCCACGUGAGGGAAAAGCCAGGAGGAAAACUCGUUCCCGCGCAGCACAUGUGACCAUUUUCUUCCCGUUUCUUCCCUCCCGUUGUGGACUCGUGUUAUCGGACGACAGAAAUGGUGUGGAUCGCGCCGGAAAUGUGUGACAAAAUUAAAGGAACGAGAUCGAAGAAUCGUGUCCGAUAAAAUGUUUCGUCGGAUUUGAGUUCUGUCAAAAAAGGAAAAAUCGAGCGGUGCUGAUUUUUGACGCAAGACGAAAAAAAACAAAAAAAAAUGAAAAAUUAAUUACGAAGAAAAAAUUGAAAUUUUGACACUUGAUUGAAAGAAAAAUCAACAUUUUCUAUUAAACUUGCAAGGAUAAAUACUAGGAACUGUAUUAAGGAAAAUUCUUGCGGAAGAUAAUUAAAUACAGAAUUGCAGAUUUGUAACAUCUACAUAUAAAAAGAAUCUUUUAAUUAAAGAAAUCGAAUAAUGAAGUAACACAACAAAAUACACAACUGCAUACUUCCGUCAAACGAAACUGUGUGGCAACCGUAUUUAUCGCAUCGCUAAUUGCAUUUAUUAAAUUUAAUCGGGACCACAUUUGUACAACGAGAAUUAUGACUGUUCCCCGGAACCGAGCACGAGCGUUCUCGAGCAAAGCUUGAAAGUAGAACGAAAGAAAAGGAAGGAGAAAUUCCCAAAGGGAGGAAGGUUAUUCGAGACAUCUCCUCCGAGGAUACUCCGGUAUCUCGUUGCAGGAUAUUUCGCGGAUAUUCUUGGAAAAGGUUUACUGCUGACAGACCCUAAAAAAGUACUUCCGCGAAGGUGUGAAUAUGGCUAUUAUGAAAUCUCGCUGAAGAGAUUGAGCGCUUAGAGUUACCACAGAUAAAACUUCCACUUACACCUGAGACGAAACCGAUUCUUCGCACGGGUAUCCCGGAAGGAAAAUCCUCACAAUAUCCUCGCGCGUAUUUUUACUCCACUAAAGUUCUCCACCGGCAACUCCCAUGAAAACGUGAAAAUCGCGGAAAUUCUGUUCGCGAACGACUCGAAAAAGAGUACAAUAUAUAAAAUCUUUCUUAUAAAUGAAAGAAGAGUUUUAUCUUCCCUCGGGAAAAUACAAAUCGCAUCGGCGAAGAUAUUCUCUGUGGAAUUCGUUCGAGAAAAAAAAUUGGUUGCAUCAAACAUUCAAGAACGUCAGAAAUCAUCCAGAAUUAUCGUCAAGUUUUUACUCGAUUUUCGAUUUCUCGAUUUUCCAUUUUACGAAAAUCUGGCAGACUUAUGUUGAAAAAUCUGUGAAGCAAAAUCUCCCCGAAGUAAGGGAAAUCCCAUCGUGCGAUGCUCCGGACACGAAGAAGUUUCAAGAAAACUAGUGAGAAGUUCUGGGAAUCUUAGGCAGAGCGGCGAAAAAGACGGAAGAAGAAUCACGAAAGCGGAGGAGGAAGAGAGGCGAGAAUUGCAAAUAACAAGCGGAGACGAGGAAACGUUUCAGGAAUGCCGUGGAUAAAGUGUUUGGGUGGUGGAGGCGGAAAGGCCAGGAGGGGCAAACCACUCAGCGUCAGUCAACCGAUCCACCUGCUCGUCAAGAGCGAUUUUGAACCGCAGUGUCACGUGUUUCGCACCAAGCAAUUGCGCAAGCCCCGACCAUGUCAUUUGUGCCACCAGGCGGUCAUCAAGCAAGCCUCCUGCUGCAGAGUGUGCAAGUACAUCUGCCAUAAGACAUGCGAAGACAAGGGUGCGCGGUUCCGAGACACCUCGCAGCAAAUUCAUAAACAAUGGCAGGCCGAUCCGGCGAGGGCAUUUCCGAGCGUCGGCAGCGUCUCCACAAAUUCGCCCUCUCCAGCAUCGGGAGACCUUUCCACCCCAAAUUCGACUCCCAGCCCUAGCCCUAGUCCGACUAAUCAGCAACUCACGCACAAUGGUGGUUACGAAUCACAAACGAAAAACGUCAACAACAUCGGGAGAAAUAAGCAUCAUGUGCAGACGUCAGCGGUGGCGUCAACGCCUGCGAGGACACCGGGCGUCGGCGCGGAUUCGACGAUGACGGGACCUGGAAAGGGCGGAGGUCGCGUGGCGGAGGUGAUGGAGUUCUGUUACGUCACCGAAAGGAUCAUCGCGCUUUGGUACCGGGAGGAUGCGCAGGGUGUCCUCGAGCACGCCACGACCCUUCUGCGCGGGAAACACGCCGAUAAUUACAUGAUCUUUAAUUUAUCGUCGCCCGGUCGACCCGGUGAACCGAAUACGAGGGAAGCUGGAUGGCCGCAGGGAUUAGCGCCAAGUUUGGAGAGACUUUGCGCCCUCUGCAAGGAGCUGGACUCUUGGUUGAACGGCGCUUCUAAUCGCGUCGUUGUUCUGCAUGCCAGGGGCAGCAAGGAGCGGCUGGGUGUGGCAGUGUCCGCUUAUAUGAACUACAGCAGCAUCUGCGGAGGACGCGAUCAAGCGCUCGACAGGUUCGCCAUGAGGAGGUUCCUCGACGACAAGAUCGGAUCCUUGCAGGUUCCCUCGCACAGAAGGUACAUCGAGUACUUUAGCGGAUUGCUGUCGGGCUCCCUGAGGAUCAGCCCGUCGCCAUUGUACUUGACCCAUCUGACAGUUCUCGGAGUUCCGCUCUUCGAGCCGACGGGCUGUCGAGCUUUCCUCAAAGUAUACGAAGGACUAACACCGGUUUACACUUCGGAUCUGUAUUCGGUGACAAACGCGCGCGAAUUCACGGUUAAUCUAGGCGGACUCCGGCUGAGAGGAGACAUCUUAGUCAAGUGCUAUCACAGGGUAUACUCGAAGCAGACUCGAGAGGUCAUGUUUUCCCUCCAGUUUCACACGUGCGUAAUUACGGAGAACGUCGUGUCCUUCCCGCGGUCGGAGCUCGACGUCGCCUGCGACGAUCCCCGAUGUCCGCCCGACAGCGUGGUGACACUUUACUUCGCUACCGACGCGAAACGUCAAGACGGUCCAGUUCCGGCGCCGACGCCGGCCGUGCCGCAUGCAUCGGCGCAUCACGAUCCCAUCUUGCACUGGGACAGCUACACGAAUCUCGAAAUCAGCGACGACGAAGGCCGCGAGACCCCACUGUCACCGCCGCCACCCUCGAGUUCCUCGGUUCAGACUUCACCUCGCGGCUUGGGUUACACGUGCGGUCCCAUAGAUGGAUCGUUAUACGCCGUGGUACAUCAGGGUGCUGCAGGAGGCGCCCGCGGUUCGCCACUGACAGUUUCCAUGGACAGUGGCAUAAGUAGUGCACCACCGCAAAAACCCAGUCCACCAGAAGCCGAGCCGGAUACCCAAGCUCACGGAGAUCUCGACAAGCUUCUCCAUGAUAUGAUGCUCACCGUCGAGUCUAUGCCAGAUCCUCCGACAGACGACUACAACCGCGAACGAAGCGAGAAGAUGUACAUUCAAGAGACGCGAAGCUACAGCAGCCAUCCGACCUCUACUUACUCCACUUUGAAGGACUCCUACAGAAGCUACGGCAAGGAAUCCAGCCCGCCCUACAACUCCAGCAGCAGCUACAGCACCCUGAAGAACAACAGUAUCGAGCACCGAAGGGACGAUUUUGACUACCGCGUGUCUCCGGAUCGCAAGAUAGAGUCCGCCAACGAGUCUUACAGGCAGAAGCAGGCGGAUUCCUUCUCGCCACCCGGCAACAUCGACUUCAUCGACGAGGACAUCCCCUAUCACGCUAGGCAGACCAGUCAGCCGUUCUCGUACGGCGCCACCACCGACAUGAUCAAGCACCAGAAGCUGUCCUCGCCUUCCUUAGUGAGGAAGGCGUCUGUGCGCGGCGUGGCACCCGUCGUAGAUUUCGAGGACAUUCUCGGCGAGAAUUCCAGGAGACCCAUCAGCCCUCUGAGCCCGAACACUCCGGAUCCGCCGCCGGAGUUCGCGAACGGACCCGUCAAGAGCGAAACCGAUCACGUUAAUGGAUUGUCGUGGCUGAGACAACAACAGUUGAAACUAGCUGCCAGGAGAGAUGAAAGGAACCCUGGCAGACUUUGGCGACAAGAGAGCGGAAACCGUGUCAUCGGUGAACUCAGGAGCUUUCAAAGGGGAAUAUUGAGACACGAUGGUUACGCGAGCGACUCGGCAGUUCUCGACGAUGAUGACGAUACAUGGGCAGCGAGUUCCAUUUCUGGACAGCCAUCGUCGAGAGCUGUUUCGUACACCUCCGCACCAGCUAGUCCUCUACUUCCGCAGAGAUCGAGCAGCCGGAAGUACAACGGCAAUAGCGGAAACGGCGUCCUUGGCAGACCUCGAGCGGAGAGUAUGAACGAACGACCGUUCGUCUCCGUGAAACGCGCUUACGAAUACCGGAAGUACGACAGUCAAAGCCCUCCGACAUCCCCACGCUCAGCCUUAGCGACCGCGCCACCGCCACCCUUAGGGUUAGCGAGCCAGCAAUCGAGCACCAGCGGCGCGGAGAGACCGCAUCAUCAUCAUCAUCAGCAUCAGCAUCAGCAUCAUCAGCCACCUCCGCCACGACCGGAAUCGCGGAGCGAUAGUUUCGCGCGCGCGGACGCGUUGUUGCGCGAGCACCGUCACCACCAGCUUCAAACCAGCAUCGGAAAUCACGAUCACGUCGAACGGAAGCAAAGCACGACCCAGGAAUACGGGACGCCGAGUCGAAACGCGCGUCCGGAGUCGCGAAACCGCGGGCUCGCUUAUCAGAGUUACAGCACCGAAACCAGCAACGGCGACCAGGUGGACGGCGGAUUGCUGACGAUGGUCGAUCAUCAGCCUGACCCUCUCGUGAGCCUCAUUCAGUCGCUAGCCGAAAUCUCCCCGAGCACGCCUAAAGCCGAAAGCGAGCAUUCCGCAAGCAGUCACGCGCAGAUAUCCGCCGGUGUACCUAGCAAUGUCACUAAUUGCUCCCCUAAUCAGUCACCAAAAGCAUGGCAGAAUUGCAGCAGCCAGCCACACAAUGACUCGGCGUCAUCGUGGACCGAGAGAAGCGUCAGUCCCGGAAGUGCGGUCAUCAGCGGCGCCUCGCGUCCGCAGACGCCAGCGUUUCCGGUUCAUCCGCGAACGCCGUACGUCAAUAAUGCAUCACCAACGGUGACGUUCGCCAGCGAUCGUACUUACAUGACGUCCAACAACAGCUACAAUGUCAAUAGCAACAACAAUAAUAACGUUAGCAGCGAGGCUAGCGGUAACAAUAACAAUAAUGUCGGGAACUACGGCGCCGAACGAACGAUAUAUAUCGAAGAACGAAGAGAAGCCUCGAAGGAGACGGGGCUUCCACCCAAGAGUCCGACAACACAGCGACGCUUGAGUUUUCCGGCAAGCGGGCCGCUUAAACAAAUACAUAACAAACGAUGGCCUCUCACUAACCAAUCGGCGUCGUUCGACUAUAGCAAGGACCGACCUGUUUCUCCGCUAAGCGAAUCGUCCCAGCCGCAGGCUGUUUCGCGCAGUCCUGGAACACCGACUCAUAUAGAAUUCGCCCAAAGCCCCAAGAGUGCUGUGUCAUACACUUCGAUCAAUAGUGGUGGCCAAUCUUCACCACAGGUCCAAUAUUAUGGCUCGAGACGCUCCAGUGUUCAUUCGAACACCGAACCCCAGGAGGUAGCCGAUGCCAACGUGAAAUUUGUACGUGACACCAGCAGAAUCUGGUACAAACCCAAUAUAUCGCGAGAGCAAGCAAUUUCGAUGCUGAAAGACGCGACACCCGGCACAUUCGUAGUACGAGACAGCAACUCAUUUCCGGGUGCCUUUGGGCUAGCAUUGAAAGUGGCAACACCACCCCCUGGCGCACCCAGCAGCCCGCGAGAUCCUUCGAGCGAACUUGUCAGGCACUUCCUGAUCGAGCCAACGUCACGUGGAGUUAGACUAAAGGGAUGCGCAAACGAGCCUGUCUUUAGUUCACUCUCGGCACUGGUUUAUCAGCAUAGUCUAAUGGCCAUGGCGUUACCUUGUCAACUUCUACUACCGGAACCGGAAGCAGCCGCUAGAGCCUUGGACUCACCUGGUACUAAUAGCACUCAACAACUUCUCGCUCAAGGAGCAGCUUGUAAUGUUCUGUACCUCUUUACAAUUGAUACGGAAUCCUUGACCGGACCGCAGGCCAUUAAAACUAUCACCAGCCUAUUCGAGCAGAAGCCUCUACCGAUUGCCACAAUUGUUCAUUUCAAGGUUUCCACGCAGGGCAUUACUUUGACUGAUAACGCGAGAAAGCUAUUUUUCCGUAGACAUUAUCCGACAAAUAAUAUAAGCUAUUGUGGACUAGACACCGAGGAACGCACGUGGGAGUUUGCCAGCGAAGAUACCGGAAGACCACUUAGCGCUCAUCGCUGCUUCGGCUUUGUAGCGAGGAAGCCUGCUCACAAAUCGGACAAUCAGUGCCACGUAUUUGCCGAACUGGAACCAGAGCAACCGGCCACGGCCAUUGUAAAUUUCGUGAAUAAGGUCAUGAUGGGAAGCUCCAUUGCCAAGGCCAAUAUCGUCUAAAGAUCACUACUCGCUCGCCACAAUCAACCCGGGCACAAACAUGUUACUGCGAAUUAUUUGUCAACGAUUCCGCCUUGAAGAUUUGACAUCGACUACAUAUCUCUAGCGCAAAAUCAAGUUGAGAGCAAAAAGCGACCGAAAAUGAAUAAUAAUCGAUAUGAUCGAUUGAUAAAAUUUAUCAUUAUGCCGCUGACACGCCGAAGAUACGCGCGAAUUUUUUGGAAGAACCCGCCGAAGAAAAUCGGCGUCGCACGAAUUAAUUAUUAUAUCGUUAACUGACAACACGUAAUAAAUCCUCGUGCAUUUCGUAGCGUUGAAUCAGUAGAACAUCCAUGUUACAAACACGAUAUAAUUAUCGGUAAAACACCGGAAAAAAGUCGAGGACUCCUCUCUUCAAGAAAAAAAAACGAGAGGCUAUGCAUGAAUCGAUUCCAUCCUCGCGUCAAUAUGCAGUCAGGAUAAGAAAGUUAUUGUUAUAAUUAUCGUUAUUGUUACGAUUUAACGUAGCGAAUAGUAGAGUAACUAUAAAUGGGUGGUCUAAAGAGAGUAAGGUGGUCAAAUGACUGCGUUUGAUAUUUGUAGUGUAUGUUCAAUUUUUAAAAAAUCAUUAAAAUAUCUUGACCAUUAUGUAAUGCCUUUUAAAACGUAAGAAAUAUUAUAAUUAUAAUAUUUAGCUUAAUAUAAUUUACCAUUUAGUAAUUAUCAAAAGCUAUUGCAAAUUUCAAAUUAUACAUAUUUCUGCAAAAUAUAUUUAUUCAUAUAUACA